AUACUUGUAAUACGAAUCCAUAUUUAAGUAUUAUAUUAUUUAUCUGUUAUUCAUGUUCAGAGUCUGUACUGACUUUUACUUAACUUACUUCUGACUCUCACUCCUUAUCUAAUAAUUUAGUGCAUUUUCUGGUGAUAAUCACUUGAGACUAAUAUAUUAAUUCACAUUUAUAUUUGUGAUUAAAUAUCCAAAGUUUUUUCGUAAACACAUUAACGAUUGAUUAAAUUAAUUACGCGAUUAAUUGAUUGUCAAUACAAUCAUGACUUCACUUAUGAACAAAAUGUUUAAAAGGAAAAAUUCCUUAAAGUCACCUCAAAGUCCAGAACCAGAAGCAGAUAUGGCGAACACCUGUUACCCGAAGAUCGGAAAGCCUGCCCCAGACUUCAAGGGAACCGCUGUAGUGGACGGACAGUUCAAAGACAUCGCUCUGAGUGACUAUCGCGGCAAAUAUCUCGUCCUCUUCUUCUAUCCCCUCGAUUUUACGUUUGUGUGUCCGACAGAAAUCAUAUCAUUCAGCGACCGAUCGGACGACUUCCGCAAAAUCGGCUGCGAGAUCGUCGCCUGUUCGGCCGACAGUCACUUCAGUCACUUGGCCUGGACAAACACACCCCGAAAGGAGGGCGGUUUGGGCGCAAUGAAGAUCCCGUUGUUGGCGGACAAGUCGGCGAAGAUCUCUCAGGACUACGGCGUGUAUUUGGAAGACGCGGGCAUUCCGUUGAGAGGACUCUUCAUUAUCGACGAUAAGCAGAAUUUGCGUCAAAUCACGAUCAAUGACCUGCCCGUCGGUCGCAAUGUUGAUGAGGUUCUGCGUUUGGUUCAGGCGUUUCAGUUCACUGACGUUCACGGGGAGGUGUGUCCGGCCGGUUGGAGACCCGGCGCCGACACCAUUAAGCCCGAAGUGAAGGCCAGCAAAGAGUUCUUUAACAAACAGUAGACACCAAAUACAUAACCAAUCAUUUGAUUUGUUUGCGGAUCUUCUUCUUGAGCACAAUCUUUGUGAUUAGAAAUUGUUUUUAAUGUUUUUUAUUAAUCCUUUGUUUUUCUAUAAAAUUAUGUCUGGAAUUGUAUUUUGAAAUAACUGUUAACCACUUAAUCAACGAUUAGUUUUUAAAUUACAAUAUAUUCUGUAACUCUAUUUCUGCUAAUAAAAUAUGUGAACGCUUUUAGUGCUCUUUUAAA